CAUUUUCUUUUCUUUCUCAUCUAUUUUAUUCUCAGUCCAUUCCUCAAAUAUAGUCAACAAGAAGUUCUUGCCGUAUCCCACCAUAUUAAUCAGCUUUCCAGAGAUCAGUGUGCAAACGUUGUGGCUUUGAAGGAGAAUUCAUCCCUCUGAAGAUAAAAGAACAAUGAGUGGACUACAAGGGAAACAUCACAACCAUGACAAUGAUACAACGGUAAUUCCCCCGAGGAAUCCACAUGAAGAAGUCAGUAUAGGAACGGAAUUCACUGGCAUUAUUGAUGGAAUAAUUCCUGGUGGAUACUUGCUUUCAAUUACAAAAGGAAAUGGUGUUUCUUUGCGUUUGCGGGGUUCCAUGUUGACCUCUGAUCAAGCUUCACUAUUUCAAGGCGAUGUUAAUAUGAAUGUCCCUUUGGUACCAACAAAUGUCAAUCUUCGAAACUCAGAAGCAUGUAUCAAUUUGAACACCAAGAAAGAGAUUCCUGAGCUCGAAGUGGGUGAUGAUUUUUCUCAAGAUUACUCAUAUUUUGAGAUGUCAUCACCUUCAGAUGGAAUUCAAAUGCAAUAUCUUUUACAAUAUUUUGACAGAUUUGAGCCUGUUGGUUUUCAACCUGUUCAUCGAACGAAUUCUUCGAACAAAGGACCAUCCAUCGAUUUAAAUUCAGCUCCCACUCCAACCGGUCACAGAAUCAGCAAAGAUCCUUUUCUACCGAGAAAUUUUCCAUCCCCAGCAGGGAGUAUAAGACCACCUGAAGAACUAAUAGCAAAAACAAUUCGGCGAUGUAAACAAGGUGAGAAUAAAGGAAACAGUAGCAAAGGAAAGGGUGUUCUUCACUUUUGAGAUGCUCAAUAAAAUUCAGAGAUGUUAGGAAGGUAUAUGCAGGACGGUAAUUGAUUUGGAGAUGAAUUUAUCAAAGUACAAAAUGCUCAAAGGAAUUGGUAUUUGGAGAUGAAGGUAGAAGAUAUUGAGAAAUGUGUUUUUAAAGCUUAUGUGGAAUUAAACAAGAUGAUUUUGUUGGAUGGUUGGUCAAUUGAAUUUAGAUAUUUUUUCUCAUUGAACAAAUCUAGUUGUUUUGUUUCUGUUUAUGUAAAUAUGAUGGAUUUGAUUUCUUUUUAAAUUUAAAUAUUGUUGAAACCAGUUGAAUUAUUAUGUGUGAUAAUCUAUAUAAUUUAAAAAUAUAU